CCCUCACUUACCUCGUUUACCCAUUUCUCAGUUCAACUUUUUAUUUUCCCUCUCCUCCAUUUUCGUCUUCCUCUUUUCUUCAAUCCUCUUUCUCUCUCCUAGGGUUAGGGUUUCUGCACAUUUUCUCUCUCCUCCAAAAUUCUGGAAAUGGCGACUGAGGUUCAGAACGGAGCUGACAACAACGGUGCUGCUACCACCGUUACUUUCUCGGCUUUCAAGCCACAACUUCAGGUUCCGGCCCCUAACGCUGCUGCUGCUGUGCAGUUCUACAAGGCUGCGUUUGGCGCUGAGGAAGUUAGCCGUGACAUGCACCCUAAGAGAAAGGCUGAGCAGGACACUCCUCUUGUUCUCUCGGCUGAUCUCAAGCUCGGUGCCUCUGUUUUCUCCGUCUCUGAUCUUGCUGUUGAUGCUCCGGCGAAAACUGAAGGAGGAGGCCUAGUGUUGAGCUUGGUGACCGAUGACCUAGACGCAGCGAUUAAGAAGGCAGUAGCAGCUGGUGCAGUGGCCGAAGGCGAAGUGACAGAAGACGAAGUUGCUGGGCGCGUGGGCAAGCUCAAGGAUCCCUAUGGUUAUUUCUGGGUGAUCUCAACUCCUGCUGCUCCUGCUAAGCCUGUUGAGGUGGAAGCCUAAUCAACCGUCUGAUCUUGAUUGAUCUCUGCUAAUUGUUAGGUUGUCUUUUAAUGUUAGUAGUUAAUUAGCAAUUAAGAAAAAAAACAAGCAGUAGAUGAAGAAAAUAUUAAGAUGAAUGAACAGUUAUAAUCAUCCCUCUAGUUUGCUGGGCGUAGUUGUGGUAAUGUUGAUAGCGUAAUGCUUACUACUCUCUGGUUGUCUUGUCUCCUGAAUUCAUUUUGAAUUUUGAAUGGCUUUUUGAUGGGAGGUUAGAACAAAAAAAAAAAAGGAAAUUUACUCUUGUUUUUUGAAA